GAAACUUUUGAAUAGUCAACUGACAGGAGAUAUGAGAUAUAAUUCCUUCUACUGGUAAAUCAGACACCAGAAAGCAUGGUUGUUAAAGGGGCUUUGAAAUAUGAACCUUGCUAGGUCAAAACAAUAGUCCUCUUAUAUUGAAAUCAGCAGUGGCCUACAUUCCAACCAAUAACAUCUUAAGCAGAAGAUAGAGCCCUAGUUGCUUUCAAGGCAGUGAGUUAAAGUAGAUCAGUGUUUUUAGUACUGCUGCCACAUAUGGAUAUACUGGUACUUCUCAUGAAAGAUGACUCAAAAUGAGUAGGCUUCAUAUGCCUCAUACGCUGCAGACCAAGUCCAGUCUGUUUGCAGUAGGACACAGGCAAGCAGCACCCAGUGGAUCCAGUGUCACUGCCUUUGGUUGUGGACCAAAGCAUGACUUUGACCAUGACCACCAUAAAAAAGAAAGAAUGGUAUGUUAUGAGAACACGUACCAAAUGGACCCUCCAACAAAGUUUAAACCAGAGAGAGUCAAUGUCAUAAUCAGGGAUGUUUUACAUCAGUUUUUAAACGGCAAAGAGUAUGAUCCAAUUCAGUGUUCUGUUUUAACAAAAGAAAUUGCCAAAGAAAUCAAAAAGAGAGUCAAGGAACUAGGAUUUGCAAGAUACAAGUUUGUUAGUGUGGUAAAUAUUGGUCAGAAGAAGGACCAGUGUGUACGUGUUGGCAGUAGGUGUAUCUGGGAUGUAGAGAGAGACAAUUUUGCCUCAGAUACCUUUGAGAGUCCACACAUGUAUGCAGUUGGGGUGGUAUUUGCAGUUUAUUUUGAAUAGAUGUAGAAAUUUUGUUACUUGGGAAAUAUCCUGCGAUAAAAUGUUUGUUAUCAUUUUUGUUAAUUACAAUGAUACCUGAACCUACCUACAAAAUGGUAAUGUUUUUAAAGGUGAAAAGAAAACCUUUAUUUAGACAAAUAGUACAGAUGUGAUGCGUAAGUGCCUAUGGGGCUAAAUGAAAAUAAUGAAACAUGUCAACUUGGACUUGAUCAAAAGGAUAUGUACUGGUAUAUAGAUUAAUAAUUUACCAAAAAGUUGCUUUGUUGCUAUGCAGCAACAUAGUUUUGUUAAAUGCCAUUAGCCAAAAUGACAACUCUAGAACAUGGAAUUGCUUUUAAAUCACAUUGGUAUCUAAUCAGGCAAUAUGUAUCUUUUCAUGUAAGGUUAUAGUUGAUUUAUUGAAACCAAAUACUGGAAAUGACUAUAAUUACCUCCAGUCAUUACUCAUUUUUUCUCUGAAAUAAUGCAAUCCUCCAUUUUCAUAGAAAUAUACAACACUUUUUUAAAGUACGUACAUCAAUCAUCAUAUGUUAAUUAAAUGUUGCUUAGAUGGAAAUAUUUGAAUAUAAUAUUUAAGUUGCAUAAUACUUGUCAUCAGUGAGGCUUCAAAGAAAAAAGUAUGAUUUGUGAAAAUGAGGAUGUUUAGUUAUAUGGUAUUGUAUUAUUAUAUUUUGGUUGUGUAAAGGCCAAUUUGACAAUCCAUGUAGAAUGGUGGUUUGCAUUAUUGAAAUAACAGCUUUCGUGUAAAUGAUUUAACUUUAAAAUUUUGGUGUCAAGAGAAAACAUAUUUAAUCUGUGCUUAUUUGGAUUGCAAGGUAAUAUGUGUUUGAUAACAGAGGUAUAUUAUUUGCUGAAAUUAGUUUGACAGGUCUUUCUUACAGAUGCUAAGGAAAGGAUUAGAUCAAAAUACAUGCCCCCCCCCUCCCCCAAGAAAAACACAAGAAAAAAAAGAGAAAUAAAAGAUUCACCUUAUAUUCAAUGUUAUGCCUAUAGAAAAUAAUUCAAAUUUUAAAUUCCUAGUCAUAUUUUGUUAAGUGCUACAAAGCCAGUAUUGCUAAGGUUACAUAAUAUUUUAAUUUUAUGUCAUUAGUAUGUUAUACCAGCACAGUCACACACCUUUGUUUUUACAUAUGUGAUGCACUGUUUUAUUUGAAGAGUUUUAUUGAGUUGAGUGCAAUUUUACAGUGCAAUGAAUCUCCAUAAUGUGAACAAACCCACCAGAGCUUUUAUUAAUAGGUUCUACAAUACAUUCACCAGUUUACAAUAUGGUAACAUUUUUCUGUUAGGGAAAAAUGCCUAUAACCAGGAUUCAGACAAACAUGUAAUUUGCUGAACAAAAGUAAACAGCAUUGAAAAUGCAAUUUAUUACACUGUACAAAGAAGGUUUUAAAAACUUGUUUGAAAAAACAAUGCAUUUUUCAACUCUUAACUUCAACUGUUUUUUUUUAUGGUUUUAGACACGUAAAUUUUAAUGUGAAAGUUCAUGUAAGUUCACAA